CAGAGUGUCAUUUUCCAUGUAGAACAACAUCCAGUGUUCGCUUGGUUUGAACAGUGUGUAACUUUCAACUUUUUUCCGUCCCAAAGUCAUGAAUUAGCCUACAAUUUAUUUAAUGUUAUAACUGUGUAUGUGAUGCCAUUGGCUGUGAUAACGACUUCAUAUUCCUUAAUAUUGUGUAAAAUUCAUAGAAAUGCAAAUAUGAAAAAACACGAAAGAACAAGUGAAAAUCAAGCUGCUAUCAGGUGCUCCUCAGCCGGAAAAAUCGGAAAAGCUAAAAUCAGAACGUUAAAAAUGACCUUAGUAAUAGUAAGUGCUUUUAUUCUGUGUUGGACGCCUUAUUUCUUCAUGUCAGCAUUAUGGUGGUUCAACAGAGACGCAGCCUCAAGAAUAGAUCCGAAAGUCCAGAGAGGGUUGUUUUUAUUUGCUGUGUCAAAUGCCUGUAUAGAUCCCAUGGUUUAUGGUAAGUCUGUCGUUUUGUUU